GUUAAGAGGAUGUUUCUUAAACAAUAAGAAAAUGAUUCACAUUAAAUAAACCUUAGGGUGAGGAAAACAAAUAAUUCAUACGCAAGAAAAUUUCAAGCACAUGAAAUGUAUCGUUUUUCAGCAUCAUACUGGUUCAAAGUUGCCCUCACAUCAAGUUUAAAUGAACAGUAAUUAAUAGUAUAUAAUAUUUGAAAGGAUAUUUGAAUCGAAAUAAUUAUAUAAAAGCAUAAAAUGACGUCGUAUUUGGAAGAUUGGCGGGACUUUUUGAUUAUUGGACUUUAUUUUGCUUUCGUUCUCGCCGUUGGUUUGUCUUCUGCAUGCAGAAAGAACCGAGAGUCGGUAAAGGGCUAUUUCCUUGCAGGCAGGAACCUCCAUUGGUUACCGAUUGGGUUUUCGUUGUUUGCUAGUAACAUCGGCAGCGAACAUUUCAUUGGAUUGGCUGGUAGUGGUGCCAAAUCUGGGAUUGCCGUCGUUGCUUUUGAGUGGGGGGCUGUAUUGCUGCUGUUGCUGUUAGGAUGGCUCUUCCUACCCGUGUAUCUCACCUCAGGGAUUUACACGAUGCCGGAAUAUCUGGAGAAGCGUUUUGGGGGCAGAAGACUUCGGACAUAUUUGAGUGUCAUAUCCACACUACUUUACAUUAUGACAAAAAUAUCAGUUGAUGUGUUCGCGGGUUCAGUGUUUAUACAACAGGCAUUAGGAUGGAACACGUACAUUUCAAUAUCAGCGAUUCUAGUUGUCACCGGUCUUUAUACAGUCAUAGGCGGAUUAUCGGCCGUGGUGUUCACUGAUACUCUGCAGACUGUUAUCAUGCUGACAGGAUCAUCCAUUCUUGCUGCAAUGGCAUACGUAAAAGUCGGAGGUCUUUGGGCCCUUGAAUACAAAUACCCAAAAGCUUAUCCAACUUCAUUCGAGCCAAAGGAAGGAAGUAUGUGCGGUCUUCCCCGGGAGGAUGCGUUCCACAUUUUUCGCGACCCCGUUAAUUCUGACCUUCCCUGGCCCGGGGUAGUAAUAAGGUCCACUCUGGCUUCGCUUUGGUACUGGUGUACUGAUCAGGUAAUCGUUCAAAGAACGCUAGCGGCCAAAAAUAUUGGACAUGCUCGUGGUGCUACAAUUGUGGCCGGAUAUCUCAAAAUCCUCCCAUUGUUCCUAAUUAUUUUUCCUGGAAUGAUCAGCCGAGUUCUCUUCCCUGAUGAGGUGGCAUGUGUUGAUCCAAAGGUCUGUAUGAGUGUGUGUGAUAACGAGAAUGGAUGUUCCAAUAUUGCCUAUCCAAAACUGGUCCUGGAACUGGCUCCAAUAGGACUAAAAGGUCUUAUGAUGGCUGUGAUGUUAUCCGCGCUUAUGAGCUCACUUACAUCCGUGUUUAACAGUGCAGCGACGCUUUUCACCAUGGACAUUUGGAAGAAAAUAAGAAAAGAUGCAUCAGAGAAGGAACUGCUAAUAUCAGGACGUGUUUUCAUUCUUUUUCUGGUCGGUCUAAGUAUUGCAUGGGUUCCGCUAAUAAAGUCCGCCCAGGGCGCACAAUUGUUCAUCUACAUUCAAGCUGUCACUGGUUACAUUGCGCCACCUCUAUGUGUAAUAUUCCUACUGGGUGUUCUGGUUCCGAGAAUAAACGAAGAGGGUGCAUUUUGGGGUAUGCUGAUUGGCCAAUUGAUUGGAAUAACCCGUCUGGUAUUGGAUUUUGUUUAUCCGGCACCGAAAUGUGGGGAACCUGAUCAUAGGCCCGUCGUUGUUUCUGCGGUGAACUUUACCUACUUCUCUGGAAUACUGUUGGUUGUUUCUACGGUGAUAGCCGUUGGGUUAAGUUUCUGUACGGCUAAACCCAACUACGAAAAGUUGAAAGGACUGACUGUGUGGAGCGUUCAUAAACUUGGAGUAAAACGCAACAAACUAGCACACAGAAGACUAACAAUAGUCAGCGCCACGCCGAGCAGCGUUUCCAUGGAAAUGAAUACUUUUAGAAAUGGUGGAUCACGGCUCACUGACGUGUCUAAAACAAUUCACCGCACCAGCAAGAUAGACGUGGAACAACUUGGUGAAGAUUUGCUAGAGACUGAAAUGUCUGAAAGAUACAAGGAGACCAUGACUAUAUCUGGUGCGGUCAGUCUCUUCUUGAACUGCAAUGCUGUGAUACUGAUUUGCGUUUUUAUUCUGGCGUAUGCGUUAUUUGCUUAAACAGUUUCGGAAUACGCCUCUUUCCUAUACAUUUUGGUGUGAUGCAUUGACAUUUUUGUUGCCGGCUGCUAUUGAUUCUAUGAGACGGGAGAGAAAACGAGUUGUUGUAUCACCUCAUUCGUGAGCGUAAAAUGUUAUUCUUAAAAAGCACAGACUAAGACAUGCUCACAUGGUCAAAUGCCAGUUUAGGUAACAAUAUAUUUAUAAAGACCAAGUAGUUUGUGAUCCUUCACGUGUUCUUUGUAUAUUAUAUUGUAUUCACUAAGUGGGUAGUUUUAUACUGUUCCAAUUAAUAUGCGUGUUGAUUUAGCAAGAUGCUAUGACGUACUAUUUACUUUUAACUACAAAGUAUUCAUACACUUCGUACCUUGCAUCUAAUGCUACUCAGGAAAACACUCGUUGUUACGUAGUUAUACAUUAGAAAUAAACAUGGCAAAUAUA